AUGAAAUACUACAGCAUGUUUUUCUUACGGAGGCGGACUUUGAUAUUGAAGGCUGUGCUCAUAUUAACAGCGAUAUGGUUUAUGGUCGCGCUGUUGACUACUAAUGGCGGUUCAAGGAAUGCGAUCGUUGCGCCAGCGAUCGAAUAUGUCGAGGCGGAGGCAAAGCCCUUGAAGAUGGGAAAGCCCACAUCUACAAAAAAGAAGAGUGAAACCUACGGGAAUAAUUUAUCUGAUGCACCAACGCGGGUCGAUUGGAUCGGUCGGCUUUCGGGAAAUGAAGGGCUAGGUGUGAUCGCUGCCCCGGGCUCGGACAACGCACCCGGAGAACUGGGUAAACCGGUCGUCCUACCAAAGAAUAUUAGCGAAGAAGCCAAGUUAGCUGUCUCGGAGGGAUGGAAAAAGAACGCGUUUAACCAAUACGUCAGUGACCUGAUAUCUAUUAGGAGAAAGCUGCCGGACCCCAGAGACGAGUGGUGCAAAGUUCCAGGCAGAUACUUAGAGGAUCUGCCACAAACAUCCGUAGUAAUAUGCUUCCACAACGAGGCAUGGUCGGUGUUACUUAGGACCGUUCAUUCAGUAUUGGAUCGGUCGCCGGCACACUUGAUCAAGGAAAUUAUUCUUGUAGACGACUUUUCUGACAUGCCUCACUUAAUGCAGCAACUUGAUGAUUACAUGUCAUCAUUACCAAAAGUGAGAAUAGUUCGAGCCACUCGACGUGAAGGUCUCAUCAGAGCACGACUCCUUGGUGCUCGAUACGUCACUGCUCCCGUUCUAACUUAUCUCGACAGCCAUUGCGAGUGCACUGAAGGAUGGCUCGAACCAUUACUAGAUAGAAUUGCCCGUAGUAAGACUACAGUAGUCUGCCCCGUAAUCGACGUCAUCGACGACAAUACCCUAGAGUAUCAUUACAGAGACUCAUCUUCUGUCAAUGUUGGUGGUUUCGACUGGAAUCUCCAGUUCAAUUGGCACCCUGUUCCUGCCAAAGAAAGAGCGAGACACCAACAUACAGCGGAGCCAGUGUGGUCUCCCACUAUGGCUGGUGGCCUCUUUGCUAUAGAUAAAGAAUUCUUUGAAAAAUUGGGAACUUAUGACAGCGGAUUUGACAUUUGGGGCGGAGAAAAUCUAGAGCUGUCAUUCAAAACGUGGAUGUGCGGUGGAACUCUAGAAAUAGUUCCGUGUUCGCACGUUGGUCACAUAUUCAGGAAACGCUCACCAUACAAGUGGCGGACCGGUGUCAAUGUACUGAAGAGAAACUCUGUUCGUUUAGCUGAGGUAUGGUUAGACGAUUAUGCGAAGUACUAUUAUCAGCGUGUUGGUAACGAUAAGGGUGAUUAUGGAGACAUAACUGGACGGAGACAACUGAGAGAAAAAUUAGGAUGUAAAUCGUUCGAGUGGUAUUUGAAGAACAUUUACCCUGAACUGUUCAUUCCCGGAGAAUCUGUUGCUCAUGGAGAGAUCCGAAAUGUCGCCUUCAAAAAGAUCUGUUUGGACUCUCCAGCGCGCAAGUCAGAUCAUCAUAAGCCAGUCGGACUUUACCCAUGUCAUCGGCAGGGAGGAAAUCAGUAUUGGAUGUAUUCCAAAAAUGGCGAGAUCCGACGUGACGAGACAUGUCUGGAUUAUUCUGGACAUGAUGUUGUAUUGUACCCUUGCCACGGUGCCAAGGGUAACCAGCUGUGGAUCUAUGAUGCCCGCCUGAAGUUGCUGAAGCAUGGGUCAAGUGAGAAAUGCAUGGCGGUAUCAAGGAACAAAGACAAGAUUGUCAUGGAGACGUGCAGCGAGUCGGAAUCACGGCAGAUGUGGAGUAUGGAGAACUUCAACGCCAAUAGAUUAGCGCCAGAGCUGACACAAGCCGAGUAG